UCGGAGAGAGAGGCGCGUGAUGAGUCGGACCGGUGCGACUCCUCGAGACCUUUCCGGAACACCACCUCUACAGACACCAUCAUCACCACCAACAAGUGUGACUGUCAUGUUGGGUUUUACGAGGAGACAUUAAAAGAGCCACAUUUGGAGAUAUGAAUCAUUUCACUCGGAGAUUUAAUAACUUCCCCGCGUGCCACUGAGGAACUUGACAGUUAAAUUCUUUAUUCCCUCACGGAAAAGUGGACGCUGACUAGGCUUUUAUUUUUAUUUUUUAAAUGUUGUUUUAGUAUUUAUUUCCAGAGAGGUUCAGCCUUCUUUCAGCGAUGAUACAGAUGUGAAAUGAGCAAACUACUGCCGCACUAUCUACGAUGUGUGCGCUUUGGUACAACACUACCUUUUCUUGGCAUGGAUAGAAAAGUACCUAUCAGUGCAUUCCAGGGUAAAAGUCUUUACGUGUACAACAUGAGGUGUUGAUUCCAGGGUUGAUUGCCCCGCUCCUAACGCUCUGAAGCUUUCAAUGUCCUCACAAUAAACCUGAGAUUACAGUUCCCUGCUGGAAUGUGCUCAGUGAGCAGCUCAAAUUUUGGAUGAGCUCUUUUAACAUGCAUUUCAAACGGUUAUAUGAAACUCUAUCAAAUCAAUUUUAAAGGAUUAUCUCAAUGUUUGGCUGAAUGACCUGAUCAUUUUGGCAUUUUGAAAGCUAAUAAAGCUGCAAUCAUUGGUUUCUAAUGCUGGGAAAUAGGUGAAACUAUGAUUGCUUUUGCCUGACGGGAUUUGUUGGAGGGCGCUGCUAAAUAUGCAGGACUUAGCGGGGCCUGGCAUGCCCAGGAAAUCUCCCAUCUUUGAUGGGUUUGCCCUCUUUUGGGGCUUGUUCUUUGGAUUAUUCACAGCAGGUUCACCAGUGAGGGCUUGUCCCAUGAGCUGCCACUGCAUGGAGAAGAGUGGCAUGACCGUGGUCCAAUGUAUGUCUCGCAACUUGGAGAAGAUCCCAUCAGAUCUUCCAAGAGAUACUGUUGUCCUACUUUUGGCAUCCAACCACAUCACCCACAUCCCCAACCACGUCUUCAAAGAACUGCACUACCUUCAGGAGCUGGACCUGUCUAACAAUGACAUAGAAACUGUCGAGGUUGGAGCUUUUCAAGGUGUUUCUGACAGCCUCCUGGUCCUGGAUCUAUCAAACAAUCGCAUCCAAAGUGUCCCCAAAGAGGCAUUUGCCCGUCUACGGGCAAAAAUCAGCCUCUCCAACAACCCGUGGCACUGUGAGUGUACGCUGCAGGAGGUCCUGAGGGAGCUGCGGCUGGACCCCGAGACAGUGAACGAGGUGAUCUGCCACACAGCGGUGCAGGAGGAGUAUGCAGGCAAACCGGUAAUACAGGUGCUGGACUCAGGGAUCAACUUCUGCAACUUUCACCACAAGACUACCGACAUAGCCAUGUUUGUCACCAUGUUCGGAUGGUUCACCAUGGUGAUUGCGUACGUCAUCUACUAUGUGAGACAUAAUCAAGAGGAUGCUAGGAGGCACCUGGAGUACCUCAAAUCACUGCCCAGCAGCUCUCAGAUCAGUAAGGACUUUGACACCGUCAGCACUGUUCUCUAGCAGGGCCGUAUGCAGCUCACGUGUGUGCCUGUAAAUAUGUGAGUAAAUGUGUGGUUAUGUACAAAAUGACUAAAAAGCUGUUUUGACGUUA